CCAUACACCAUGUGCUUUAGAGUGAAAUUCUACCCACAUGAACCCUUGAAGAUUAAAGAAGAGCUCACCAGAUACCUUUUGUAUUUGCAAAUUAAGAGAGAUAUCUUCCAUGGUCGACUCCUGUGCUCAUUUUCGGAUGCUGCCUACCUCGGGGCCUGCAUUGUGCAAGCUGAGCUCGGCGAUUACGAUCCUGAUGAGCAUCCUGAAAAUUACAUCAGUGAAUUUGAGAUUUUCCCCAAGCAGUCGCAAAAGCUGGAAAGAAAAAUCAUGGAAAUUCAUAAAAAUGAACUCAGGCCAGAUGUCUGCAAAUUGAAGUUUGAAGGGAAGACGUUUUAUGUGAUUGGCACCCAGAAGGAGAAAAAAGCAAUGUUGGCAUUCCAUACUUCCACACCAGCUGCCUGCAAACACCUCUGGAAGUGUGGGGUGGAAAACCAGGCCUUUUAUAAGUAUGCAAAAUCUAGCCAGAUCAAGACUGUGUCCAGCAGCAAGAUAUUUUUUAAAGGGAGUAGAUUUCGAUAUAGUGGCAAAGUUGCCAAAGAGGUGGUAGAGGCCAGCUCCAAAAUCCAGAGGGAGCCUCCUGAGGUGCAGAGAGCCAGCAUUACUCAGAGCCGCAGUUCGCAUUCUUUAAACAAGCAGCUCAUCAUUAACAUGGAGCCUCUGCAGCCACUGCUGCCCUAUCCCAGCGAGCAGGAUGAGGAACUUCCGCCAGGUGAGGGGGGUGUUCCGUUGCCCAAAGAGGAUGCCAUUUCUGCCCCUUUGAUCUCCACCUCACCAGUGAAGGAAGCCCAGGAGUAUGCAGGUCCCCCAAGCGAAGAGGAAGAUAAAAUCAAGGAGGAAGAGCCCCUCACCAUCUCUGAGCUCAUGUACAACCCGAGUGCCAGCCUGCUCCCCACCCCAGUCGAUGACGACGAGAUUGACAUGCUCUUUGACUGUCCUUCGAGGCUGGAGUUAGAAAGGGAAGACACAGAUUCAUUCGAGGACCUGGAUGUGGAUGAAAACGCUUUUCUGAUUGCAGAGGAAGAGGAGCUGAAGGAGGCUCGCCGAGCACUGUCCUGGAGCUAUGACAUUCUGACCAGCCACUUCCCGGUGAACCCACUGGUCAAGAGUUUUUCCAGGCUCCUUGUGGUGGGCCUGGGACUGCUGCUCUUUGUAUUUCCCCUGCUCCUCCUCCUUUUGGAGUCAGGUAUUGAUCUCUCCUUCUUAUGUGAAAUUCGCCAGACGCCAGAGUUUGAGCAGUUUCACUAUGAGUACUACUGUCCUCUCAAGGAGUGGGUGGCCGGGAAGGUGAACCUGGUUCUCUACAUGCUAGGUUGCUCAUAA